GAGUUUCCUCGAAUUGAAGCCGCGUUUAGAUUUUCUUGCCAAGAGAAUCGAGAAUUAAUGGAGCAUUCUCAGAGAUCCAGACGUUUCAACGUUGUAGUUUAUGGGGCCACUGGCUAUACAGGUCAGUUUGUUUCCGAGGAGCUGUAUCGUCUUCAAAAUAACGGGAGGAGUGACUUAAAGUGGGCGGCAGCAGGCAGAAACAGAACUAAGUUAGAGAAUGUUCUCAAAGCAUCUGGUGUUGAAGGGAUUGAUAUUUUGAUUGCUGACGUUGGUGAUCAAGACUCUCUGGAACGGAUGUGUGCUGAGGCUGAAGUGGUCAUCGACUGUGUGGGACCAUAUCUGCUGUAUGGUGAGCCUGUUGUUAAAGCCUGUAUCAACCAGAAAUGCAGCUAUGUGGAUAUCUCUGGAGAAACAUUCUACAUGGAGACCAUUGAAGCCAAGUAUAAUGAGCAGGCUCGUGAUGCCGGGGUGUACAUUGUUUCUGCGUGCGGGUUUGACUCCAUUCCAAAUGAUAUUGGUGCUCUGAUGGUGCAGCGAUCAUUCAAUGGAGACCUAUCAUAUGUAGACAGUUACAUAACACCUACUGGCCAAUAUAAUGAUACAACCAUCAACACUGGGACAUGGGAGUCACUUCUACGAAGCAUCAAGGCACAGAGAAAGUUAAUGAAGCUGAGGAAGGAGCAAAGCCUACCUGCACUUAACUUGCCAACCAUCAAACCUCCUUCUAGGAAGCCAAUCUUCUACAGUGAUGUGAUUGGUCACUGGUGUGUGCCAUUUCCAGGAGCUGACAAAGCUGUGGUGCAUCGAAGUUUGAGGCAUCGCCAAGAGAGUGAAGGCAUUAACGCUUUUAAGUUUCGUCCGUACUUUGGACUGGACUCUAUCUGGCAAGGAAUAGCAUUGUUGCCACUAUUUGCUCUACUUCUCCUUCUACUCAUGACUGAUUGGGGCCUCAAUCUGCUGAUCAAGUAUCACAAAUUCUUUAGCGGAGGUUACAUUCAAACUCCAAAGAGAGACACACUACAGAAUAAGAAGUUUGCUACUACUUUGGUUGGUUAUGGACACAGUCCUGGUGUAGAUAAAUCAGGAUCUCCUGACUCUAAGAUUGUGGUCAAAGUUAGUGGAAUCGACCCAGCGUAUGGAGCUACUUCUGCCAUGCUGGUUCAGUCUGCUUUGGCCAUAGUCUAUGAGAGAGACGUCCUCCCCAAAAGUGGUGGUGUGUACACUCCAGCUGUUGCAUUUGGGAACACGAAAAUAAUUCAAAAUCUCACUGACACUGGAAAGGUGCAAUUUGAACUCAUUGAAUCGUGAUUAAUAGAACCUGCAUGAUAAUUGUGAUUAUGUGAUUAUAAUAAUUAAUGCUGUAAUUAUGAAGACGUACAUUCGUGUAUUCUGAAGAAAACAAUGUGUCAAACUUCAA